UGAAGGGGCUGCCUGGCUGCCUCCGUGCCCCAGCAGCUGGGCCUCUAGCUUCUGGGCUGCUUUGCAAAAGACCUGGAGUUGCUGGGAGCCAGCGCGCCCCUGACCGCCUGGAACGCAGAGGCAUGAUCGCUCCUGGAGUCCUCCCAGCUGCCGGUGCUGCCCACGCCUCCCAGCUCGUCCUCCUGUGGAAGUUCAGGGGCUCCUCCCUAGACACCGACUUCAUCGCUCUCAAGAGCCUGAGGAACCUGAGCAACGCACUGGGCACCCAGUCCCGCUACUUUUUCCACGAGGCCUUCCUGGCGUUCAGGCGCAGGCACGGUUUUGAAGCGCUAUGCACAUGCGACCUCGUGGCUGGAUUUGGAGCCACCAGGGACCGCAGCUGCUCAUGCGGGUCUUCAAGAAGUGGUGCUCCAUCCACGACCUGGACAAGAGCCAGGCAUGUCACAGAGACACUAUUCUGCCCCACCAGACCUUCUACCCCAGAAGGGCUUCCAGGACCUCAGCCCUGAGGAUUUGCCCUGGCUGCUCAGUGCCACCUACGCGGUCCAAGGGUAGAACAGGAAGAUCCAGGGCAAGUGGCACCACGCAGUCACUGCUGGCGCAGCUCCAGGUCCUCUACAGCCCCAGGACACACGAGGCCAUGAAGAUGAAUCUGUCAGUAUUUCGGUUGCUGGAAAGGGAAUGACUGAGGAUGGACAGAUCACAGCUGCAGAGUUCCCUGCUCCUCUGCCAACUCAGGGCUCUACCUACACAUGUGUAGCCCCUGGGAGGAAGA